GUCAAGUGUUCAGGAAGCAGUUUUGACGUCCCACAAAGAGAGAAAGUUUUUUUCCGGCUUAGUUUCCAAACUUUUGAUGACGUCGCUACGAGUAAUUUAAAAACAGAACAAAAAAAGCGCAAAGAAAUGCAAAGCAACGCUUAUGGAGCCCCGCUGGCCGGUGGCGCGUUCGACUUUGUGAGUUUUCUGAAAAAGCCUCAGACGAUUCUACGAUGCCUGAGCUGGCUCUUCGCCAUCGUGGUGUUCGCCACCAUCACGGCGGAGGGCUACGUCAAUUCCCACAUGGAGCCGGAGGCCACGUGCAUGUUCAACCACAGGGACAGCGCGUGCGGCUACGGCGUUGGAAUCGGCGUGCUGGCCUUCCUGGUGUGCGUGGGCUUCCUGGUGCUGGAUGCCUACUUCCCGCAGAUCAGUAACGCCAAGGAGAGGAAGUACAUCAUCGUCGGGGACUUGGUCUUCUCAGGGGUUUGGACGUUCCUGUGGUUCAUCUGCUUUUGCGUCCUGGCCAACCAGUGGUCCUGGACCAACGACCCCGCCGUGCCGGGCGACGCCGCUCGCGCCGUUGUGGCAUUCUCCUUCUUCUCCAUUCUCACCUGGGGUCUGUUGUCCUAUUUCGCCUACGAGCGCUAUCGCCAAGGCCUGAGCGACUUGGACCGGCAGUACACGGACCCCGCCGUGGACCCGCCGUACCCCCCGACCCCCUACACCACCGGCAGCAGCGGCCCCGCCGGCUACCAGCAGUCCCCGUUCUCCCAAAACCAAGAGAAUCCUGGAGAGUACCAACCGCCAACCUAUUGAAAGACUGAUCUUGCCAAAUUCCAACCGAUGUGGUGAAGAGCGUUAACAUUUGCCAAAUUCGCCUUACAGACACACCUCUGCCCACCUCUUCUCUUCCAGUAGGACAUGCACACUUUAUUGUGUUUAAUUAUUAUAUUUUUAAUUAUUAGUUAGUUCUCUGGAAGGGAAAAGGGGGGGUCCUGCUGCUUUCUUGUCUUUGUACCAAAACCACUUGAACUCCAAUGUGUCACCCUCAGUGCACAGUAUCAUGACAGAAGUUAGGAAAGUAGCAGUCUCACGCAUGUCGCUUAAAAAAAAAAACUACUACUGCAUUGUUUUGUUUUUGUCUUGUUUUUUUAAAUCACUUAAAAAAUGGCUUUUGUGCACUAUAAUUUUAAUAUUAUUUUAAUGUAAGUGCUUUGGUUGAGAGUGUUUUGUUUUAUUUGUUUGUUUGCUUUAAGGCAGUGUUUCCCAACCUCUAUUGCACCAAGGCACUAAACAGAAAAAUCUGGGCAUCCAAUUUUUGGGAUUAAAAGCGCAAUCCGGCCCUGUUCAGUUGAACACAAAGCUGCGGGUGUUUCCUCGUUCAUCUGUGACUAGCUGAUUCACUUUGCAGGCUUUUGGGGGAACAUGUUGUCUGUUGUUCUCUGUUUUGGUGCUCGCACACUUGUGCUUUCCCUGUGCCAAAGAACUAUGUUGAAGUGAGUUGAGGACCUUCAUUUAGACAAAAGUAGUGCUUUACUACCAUUGUGUGGCCUCUAUAGGCAAUUACAAAGCGCACUGAUGUGGGGGUAUUUGCGGCAGGGCUCUGUCUCUAUUGUCUGUAUUCUGUUUUAUGAAUGGCAACAGGUGGAUACACUGAUUCAUUUGACCUUCUGAUGUAUAGUGGAAGAACAUGCUAUUGUUGUGCCUGUCACUGGCAUACAUAGAUGAACAAUGAUGCAUUUAUUUUAAUUCGAUCAUUUUUUUGACCAAUAACGUGAAAUUGGAUCAUUUCCUGUGGCACAUUAGUGGUUGGGAAUUACUGCUCCAAAGGUAGCAGGGCCAUACGUUGAUUUCUGUUUCCUGUGUUCAUGUUACUACUUUGUUUUUUUCCCCACACAUCAGCCACCAUUCGAUGACAGCAGUUUAUUUGGUCAGGCCCGCCCGGGACAAUCACAAGAUUAGCACAUUACUUAUCACAUGACUUUCUCUUUGCUUCUUUACAGCUUAGUUUGGCCUCUUUUUCUCUAUUUUCCUCUGGAGAAUCCCCAAGCUCAUGUGCCUUACCCAGUAUUCUCUUUGCCAAAUAAUAAAAAAAAAAAGUGUGUUCCGA